UUUAAAAGCAGUACUCCUGGCAGCCAGCCUCAUCCACAAUCUAUCGUGGCAAGCUCUUCUUCUUCAUCUUCUUCUUUUUCUUCUUCUUCUUCCAUGGCUUCCACACAACCUCACGAACAGCUUCACUUCAUUCUAAUUCCCCUGAUGUCCCAGAGCCAUCUCAUACCCUUCACGGACAUGGCGAAGCUCCUCGCCCGCCACGGCCCCAUCGUCACACUCAUCACCACCCCCCUCAACGCCGAGCGCUUCAAAACCACCACCGACCGCGCCAAAACCUCCAACCUCAAAAUCCAACUCAUCCCUCUCCGUUUCCCCUCCCAAGAAGCUGGCCUCCCCCUCGGGUGUGAAAACCUCGACGCCCUUCCGUCCCUCGAUCUCUUUGAGCAGUUCCUCAGAGCCACCAGCAUGCUCCAAGAGCCCCUCGAAAACUUGCUUCAACAACUCCAACCACGCCCCAGUUGCAUCAUCUCCGACAUAGUCCUCCCCUGGACUUCCCACCUUGCCCUUAAGUUCAAAAUCCCCAGGCUCCUGUUCCACGUCAUUUCAUGCUUCACCCUCGCCUGCUCCCACAAUAUCCGUCGCUUCAACGUCAGCGACCGCGUGGCCUCGAAUUCCGAACCAUUCGUGGUGCCCGAAAUCCCCGACCGAAUCGAGUUCACCAAAGCCCAGCUGCCCAAAAUUAUGGUACAAGGACAUGACGCCUCGGAGAGGCUCAGCAAGGAAAUGAAGGAGGCAGAGUGGACGGCAGAGGGCGUGAUGGUGAAUAGUUUCGAAGAUUUGGAGCCAAACUACGUGAAAGAAUAUGAGAAAGUAGUGAAGAAAAUAUGGUGCGUCGGGCCGGUAUCGCUCUGCAACGAGGAGGCGUCCGAUAAGGCCUCGAGGGGCAGCAGCAGCAGCGGUGGCUCUGCCGACGCGCACCGCUGCCUCCAGUGGCUCGCGUCGAGGGACGCGGGGUCAGUGGUGUACGUGUGCUUCGGGAGCCAGAGCGAGAUAUCUACUGCGCAGUCAAUAGAGAUAGGGCUAGGGUUGGAAGCGGUGAACCGCCCUUUCGUUUGGAUAAUUAGAGAGAGAAAUUACACGGCGGAGUUCGAAGAGUGGCUUGCAGCGGAGAAGUAUGAAGAGAGGGUUAAGGAUAGGGGGCUGAUAAUCAAGGGAUGGGCGCCACAGGUUUUGAUACUGACACACCCAGCUGUGGGGGGGUUCGUGACGCAUUGCGGGUGGAACUCGACCUUGGAAGGACUAAGUGCAGGGUUGCCCAUGACAACAUGGCCCAUGUCUGCUGAGCAGUUUUUCAAUGAGAAGUUUAUUGUGCAGGUGUUAGGAGUGGGAGUGAGGAUUGGGGUUGAGGUGAUGGCGAUGCAUGAGGAGGAAGAAGUGUUGGUGAAGAAGGAGGAGGUGAAGAGAGGUGUGGAGGAGCUGAUGGGUGAAGGAGGAGAAGCUGUGGAGAGGAGGGAGAGAGCUAGGGAGCUUGGGAAAAUGGCAAAGAGGGCAAUAGAAGGAGGCUCUUCUGAAAUUAAUAUGGUCCUAUUGAUCCAACACAUCUUGCAGUUACAAGCAAGUAAUAUUGAGAAAGUGGUGGAGAGGAUAGUUCAUGAUGAGGUUGGAGUUCAGGGGGAGGAGUGCUGUUAAUUGGAUUUUUUAUUUUUAGUAGUUUUCAAUGAUAUAAUCACUAAAACUAAUUGUGAUUUAACCCUACCUUGUAGUUAACUAGCUAGAAAGGGUUUAUAGUGAUGUAGUGGGGUAAUAAAUAUCGAAGCAAAAGGGAAGUUGGGCUGCAACUCAACGUUUUUGGGGUUGGGGAACAACAAAAAAUAUAGGUUUAGUUUUAUUUAAUCAUGUCACAUUUUAGAUAACUAAUCUAAAUCAUAAAUUUUGGAUUA